AUGUAAAAGAGUGAUGUCUUUAAAAAGCAAAGAAUUAAUUAUUAAAUUCAAAUUUAGAAUAAAAAAAAAAAAAUUCAAACAUAAUUAUAGAAAUUUAUUUUAUUUUUUUAAAGCAAAUCUAGUAAUUAAUUUCUUUUAUAAAAAGAUUAUGAAGUUUUUGGUGAACUUUUAAAAUAAUCUUUUAAGAACAAUAAAAAGAGAUGUUUGAAACUUGGAUUAAAAAAUUUGUUAAUGAGAUUUUCUUUGAUAAAUUCUGAUUAGAGAAUUUAAAUUUAUUAGUGUAUAUUAUUUCAAUUUGAUUUUAAUUUAAAGACCACUAUGA